UAUAUGUAUAUUGAUAUUAAAUCUGUCCUUUGAAUUAUUCUUUUUGCGAUACAUUGAAUUGCCAUACAUGAUUGGUGAAAAUGUGAGAAAUCAUUUAUAUCUGAUACGGAGAAAUGCAUUUUCAUUGUCACAGACUUGUACACAGUGAGAAACAGAAGAAACAUAUCAGCGUUUGGGAACAAUUAAUACGUUUACAAACGUUCGAUCGAAUUAAUCGGAAAAAUUUGAUCAUUGAUCUGGAACGAAUUAUAUGUAAACAGACUAGAUUAAGAUCCAUUUGUCUGGAAGGUUUAUCAUUAACGCCUGACGAAGGUGUACGACUGCUAUUGGCACUGCACAAUUCCCGUAAAACGAUAAAACACGUAUAUUGUUGGCGUGCGUUCGAAAAAAUGGUAGGCCUCACGGUGGAUACUGUUCAUCACUUCAAAUCAGAAUUUUAUGGGAACAAAAGAAUCAAAAAAAGCGACUGGUUUCGCGCAAUCGGUUGUUUGGAAUUUCUCACCACUUUGUCAAUAAAUUACGCAUACAUAGCAACACCUACAGGAGAUUUACUCGUCUGUUUGGCCAAAAAACUUAGAACAAAUUGGCAUUGGUUACAACUAUUAUGUUUAGAAGAAGAAAUUUUGCAAAGAACUGAGGAUGGAGGUUAUGUUGAAAAAGUUGUCAUACCAGACAGAGCUUGGAAAGCAGCACAUUUUUGGGCACCAGUACUGAAAGUACAAUAUGCUAUUAUAGGAAUACCAGAGUACGAUAUUCACAAAAAAUUUUUUACGAAACACACUCCAAUUCAUACUUUUGCACUAUCGACGAGUAUCGAUUUGAGAUUUCGACAACCAUGGUAUAUCGAUUGCACGAUUAAAACACUUUGUACAUGGUAUGCAGAUACUUUAGUAUACCUAUGUCUACAAUUAUGGCAUAAUCGACAGAAUUUGGACAUUCAAUUAAGACGACUAUUUCUUUAUUUACCAUCGCUCAGAGUUUUCGAAUUUAUUGGUGAAAUUCGAACAUUGAGAACACUUUGUGCAAUGUGCUGUCAAAUACGAUCUUGUCGUUGCAACGUUUAUCACGUUAAUAUGCAACUUCAAGAUGUUAUACAUAAUGGUUUUGAAAAAGAAAAAUGGAUAAAAAGCAUAAGGUGUAUGAUGAUUUGUUUUAAACAUGAUUUUGAUAGAAUGGGAGUUAAAUUCAAUAUUGAUUUUUAUUGUUGUUGAUCAAUAUUCGUGUAUUAUCAAUUAUCAAAGAUUUCUAAAAGUCAAAAUCUCAGUUUUAAUAAUUAAUUAUUAUUAUUUGUGCAAAAUAGCAUAAAAGUAAAUGCCUAUAAAAUGCACAUUAUAUAAAUACAAAAUAAAAAUUACUAUUAUAGUAAUUUGUUUAUAAUUUUAUAUCGCAAAUAAUUUAAAUAUUUCGUAUAUUAUGCUUCUGUUGUUUCUUGUUGUUCAAAUUUCGGAUAUUUUUCUUCGAUUUCCAACCAUGUAAGU